CUUGAUCACAUGACCGUUGUCGUUUCUUCCUGGUGCAGGAAUCAUCCGUGGUAUGUGACGAUCCAGACACUCAACGAAGAGCAAUUUAAUCAGCGCCAACUAAACAAAAAAGAGAAAACAACACUGAAGGAAAAGGGCUCAUUUCUGAAGAUUUGUUUCGUGAGGAUUCUAGCUUGCGGCAGCAGAGAGAGCACAAGCCGUGAGCUUGCGUUGUUGCAAGUAAAGCUCGCUUACUAUCCUUCGCUCCUGUCGCUGGACCGUGUGCAUGUUGUGAUUCGCCCCUUGCCUUGACAAACAAUUUAACACAAAUAUGACACAACAACAUAGCCGCAAGCAACCUUUGUCCAUUGCAUUCAUCGCGCUUUUAGCGGUCACGUUGCAUCAGAGCUUUGCUGCCACUGACGCCCCGCCCACGGCUGCCCCUCAAACCACGGCUCCGCCUCCUGCACCCCCGGCUCGGCCCGAGAGAGGCAACUACACUGUAACCAACGGCAAUGGGACCGCCUGUCUGAUGGCCCGCAUGGGACUGCAGCUCAAUGUCAGCUUCAGCUCUGCCUCUCUCAAUAAGACUGUGCUAGAGGUGGUGAACCUGCAGCCCAACCUGACUAAGAGCUCAGGGUCAUGUGACUUGGACAGCGCCACCCUACUGCUGAAGGCUGACGAGAGGGCAACCAGCCUCACCCUCGUCUUCUCCCUGAAUGCCACGUCCAGUAAGUACCACCUCAGUGGCGUGACCCUGUUGGCAGCCUGGCCGGACAUGCAUGUGCCCUUCUCAGCCAGUAACCGUAGUCUGGACUACCUGCGUGGUACCCUGGGGCGUAGUUACAUGUGUCGUGAGGAACAGACUCUGGCAGUGACUGUCAACUUCUCUCUCAACACCUUCCAGCUGCAGGUGCAGCCCUUCGGCCUCAAAGGGGACCAGUUUGGAGCAGUGGAGGAGUGUCAGCUGGAUGAGGAUGACAUGUUGAUCCCCAUCAUCGUGGGCGCUGCGCUGGCUGGCCUGGUCCUCGUCGUUCUCGUGGCCUACCUCAUCGGCAGGAAGAGGAGCCACGCUGGCUAUCAGACCAUCUAAUAUCACUUCCUAUCAACUGACCCCCCCCCCCCCCAAGAGCCAGAGAGCGCAAGCCCGUCCCAUCUCACCCUCCAACCAUCACCUGGAUUGACUGAACCUCACUGCGACCCUUAAACUGAACUUUCCCCAAUUCAGUUGGUCUCAUCUUAGUGUCCUUGCUGCCCCAUCCUCCCUUCUGAACUCUCUCACUAGCCCCACGUUGGGUAUCCAUGGGGUUGAUAUGCGCUUUCAGGACUGAACUGCUCCUUUUGUAUGAAAAAAAAAAGUGGGAAUCUGCUGAGAUUUGUAUUUGCAUAACGAAACACUCUCGACAGUAGAGCUUUUCACGUAUC